AUGACGGUCGCUGUCGUUCCGCUAGAAGUGGGAAGCCGAGAAACGGGCGAGCCACGGCCGGGAGUCGCGCAGCAGCAGUCGAGAGGCACGGAGCAGAGAAGCCAGAGCGGCACGGCGAGGAUUCAGGCUGAUGGUGAUACGGAGAUACCGCACCCGCAGGGAAUUGCUGAGGAAGCAGUAAAAUUGGAUGUGGUCGAAGCAACGGGUUCAAGGAAGGUGGCGGAGCCUUUGUCAGAAGCCACGGGUUCGGCUACUAUCGAGGGUUCGGGGCAAGUUGGCGGUGCUGCGCCGGUAGAUGCGGGCGCAAUUGCGGCGCAAGCGGGUGCGGCGCAAGCAGGGUCCCCAACAGAAGCUGGGCCGCGCAGGACUGGGCGUCAAGAGGCGGCGCUUGGGGCAAGCGGCGCAGGGGAGCCGGGAAAGGUUGGGGGAACUGUGGGGGAAGGAAGAGAGGAGCGGCCCGUAGCGGGAGCAACGGCAACGGUAGAUCCCACAGUAGCAGAUACAGCAGCUGCGGGAACUGCAGCGGCGGAAAGAGCAGCAGCAGAGACAGCAGCCGCAGCGGAAGCAGCAGCAGGAGCAGCUGCUGCAGCGAAAGCCAGCCAAGCAGAGUCUUUCUUUGACGACGAUGACGCGGAAUCUGCGCGGCCAGUGCGCGUGAUCCCCCCCGGGCUAGACGCGUACAAGCGGGAAUACUUUAACAAACAGAGGGCGGCGGAAGGAAACGAACCCCCCGCGGGGGUGAUCCCCGCGGGAGUGCCCAUCCCCCCUUCGGGAGUAGCGUACGCUGGCGCGGUGCCAGGCGCAGCAGGCGGAGCAGCUGGCGGAGCUUCCGCCAGUGUACCCGCGGAUGCGGUCGCCCCCGCGGGGGGCGCAGUCCAUGCGCCUGGCGCUGGUUUUCCGCCCAUGGGAGGAGGGCAGAUAGUAGGCGGCGCAAUGGGAGGGGCGCAGCUGGGGGAAGUGGUUGAUAUGGGGGGAAUUGGCGGAGGGAUGGGGGGGAUGGGCGGAGGGAUGCGCGGGGGAAUGACAGGCGGAAUGGUGGGCGGAAUGGGUGGUCAACCACCGGAAUGGCCUCGGAGGAGACAGACGGGCACAGAUAAAAGCAGGUACAACUAUGCCUCCGCGAAUCACGGUGCCAAAAUUGUGGACUGCAGCAGUGAGGCGAAACGACCCCAGGCCGUUUUAGACGAGGAUAAGGACAAGUACUUACGCAUCCCGUGCAGUGUAGCGAACAAGUUCCUCGUUAUAGAGCUCUCUGAGUUCCUAGCGCGGAUAGAAACGAUUGUACUAGCCAAUUACGAGUUCUACGCCUCUUCCACAAAAGACUUUGAAGUCUGGGCGAGCAGAAAUUACCCCUCGGAUCGCUGGCACUUUCUGGGAAACUUCUCAGCGCAGAGCGUGCGGACGCCCCAGGCGUUCGAGGUGACAGGCAGCGGAGAUCUAGGGGAUUCAGUGCGGUACGUAAUGGUGCGGCAGCUGUCGCACCACGGGGCGGAAUUCUUCUGUACGCUGAGUCUGGUGCGAGUGCACGGGGUGAAUGAGCUAGAUGGGCUCAGGGAGGAGAUGGAGGCAAUGACUAGGAUGAUGGGGGCGGGCAGGCAGGCCAUGCCUGCUGCUCCUCCGGGCAGGCAGGGUGUUGCUGCUGCUGCUGCUGCGCCGACGCUACCGGUGGUUCCUCAGGCGGUUAUCGCUCCAGUGGUUACCACUCCUCAAGCGGUUACCAUCCCUCAAGUGGUUACCACUCCUGAAAUGGUUACCACUCAAGAGGUUAUCACUCCACAAGUGGUUACCAUUCCCCAUGUGGUGACGGUGGGGUCUGUGGGCUUAGAUGGUUCAGUGGGUUCAGAGGGUUCCAGAGCGGUGCCAGCCCAGGCAGAGGGGUCUGAUCCACCGUCCACUGUUGGACCUUCUGAGCAAUUGCCGCCACUCUCUGUGCCCGCCGCUGCUGUUGGUGCCGCUGCAGAAGCAGCAAGCGCUGCUGCUCCCACAAGCUCUGCAUCUUUUCAUGAAUCUUCCCAACCCGUCCAGACUCCCCAUCCUCUUCCUGCCUCUCCGCCUCUCCCUCCUGCUGCUCCUUCUGCUGCUCCUCCCAAAGAUGCGGCCGCGUCUGCAGCUUCUCCUGCUGCGGCUGCUGCAGAUGCGCCUGUUGCCACUUCCAGUGAGUCAGCAGGCGCUCCAAGCAACACAGGGGCGAGUGAGGAACCUGGGAGCACAAGGGGCAGCAUGGCCGACAAUGGGAGUUCCACAGGUGCACCUGGCGCCAUCGCACAACCACCAGCUUCUGGCUCUGUCCCUUUGGGAAACUCGCCUGCUGCGGAAGCUGCCAGUGGGAAGGCCGAGGAGCAGUCUGGUGGGAGCAGUAGAGUGGGCGUAGAAGGAGGAGAAGAGGCAGGUGUGGUGUAUGGGGGGGUGGAAGAGCGAGGUGGGUUGAUCCAGCGCGGUACUGAGAGGGAGGGGGGAGGGAGCAGCGAGGGCAGCAGGGAAGGCAGCAGUAGAGUGGUGCCUGAGGAAGGAGUGGAUUCGGUAAGGAGUAUUGGUGGCAGUGGCGGCAGGAACAACAUCAGUGGUAGAGGCAACGUCACGAGCGGCAGUAGCAGCACAGGGGACAGUGGUAGCAGCAACGCCACCACAGGGAGCAAUGGAGGCUCGAUUCAGAGCGGGGGGGAAGUGGAGGGGAGGGAAGCGGAGAAGCUGAUGAUAAGUACGAAAGCAAAGGGGACAGUUGACAAGGGGAGUGUUGAGGGGAAAUCUGGUGCGGUUGCGGCAGGUGAAGCGGCUGGGGAGGAGGGGAGGACGGGGGGAAGGCAUGGGGUGGGCAGGUUGGGAGAGGGAGAGAGUGAGAAGCUGGCUGGGAAGGGAGAAGGUGCAGGAUGUGCGUCUGUGGAUGGAGUAGCAGGGCACAGGGGAGCAGCAGCGGGGGCAGAUGCUGCUUCUGGGUGUGAUGCUGGGGGAGGUGUGGAGAUGGGUGCGGCUGUGGUAGGAGACGGUUCCAAUGUAGAAAGGGCACGUUCUGAGGCAGGCGUGGGGGCAGGCGUGUGGGCAGGCGCUGAGGCAAGCGUUGAAGCAGGCGCUGUGGCAGGUGGUGAGGGAGGUGGUGGGGGAGGUGGUGGGGGAGGAAUAGGGGAGGUGAAGCGUGAAGGCGGAUUUUCAGCACCAGUGAGCGGAGAAGGUAGUGAGAAGCUUUCUUCUUUGGAGGAGGAGGUGACAGGAGCUUCAGAAGGGCGAGAAGCGAAGGGAGGGAGUGGGGUGGAAGGAGGAAGGGAAGGCAGCGGGGCGGAGGAGGAGCAGAGUGAUUCUGGUGGUGAUGGGAGUGAGCCGGCUAGACGAGAGUUUGGGGGAAUGAGAGAAGCUGAGGGGGGAGAUUUGAAGUUGCUGGGUAAGGGAUUAGGUUCGGAUGAGGCUAGACACGUGGCAGGGGAGAAGCAGGAGAAUGUGGGGGAUGUGGGAAGGGGAGUGAGAGAGGAAGUGGGCGAGGGUAAGGAGGCUCGGUUGGGGAGAGGCGAGUUGGAAGCAGCCGUUGGGGAUGGCAGAGGCUCGUCUCUGACUGGUUUAGUUAAAGGAGAAGAGAAGGCAGAGGCAGAGGCAGAGGCAGAGGCAGAGACAGAGACAGGGGCAAGGGCAGGGGAGGGGGCAGAGGCAGGGGCAGAUGCAGUGGGAGGGGCCAAGCCGGAGGCAGAGGCAAAGGCAGAUCCCAGCAUUGGGUCUGGCGGUGGGAUCUCUGUUUCUGCUUCCCAAGAGCCGCAAGGUCAAGCAGGCGAUGUUGAUAUGGUAGGCAGCAAGGCAGGUACAGGAUCUAGUUCAUCUAGUCGGGUAGGUGUCCCCCCCACUGCUCCCUCCAUGCCAUCCGCUGCCACACCCUCACACCAGGGCUCUGCCCCCGGGGCUGGUUCAUCUGGUGGGGCAGGUGCGCUGGGAGAGGGAGGUUCGGAAGUUAUGGAAGGUUCGGGUGAAAAGGCAGGUGCAAAUGGGAGGGCAGGAGCACGUGAAAGGGAGGCAGGAGAAGCAAAGAUGGAUGGGGAGAAUGGAGGGGAGGGGGAGCGAGUCAGAAGCAAUGUGGUGGAGGGUGGAGGGGGGAGCAGUCUGGGAGCUGCUCCUUCAGGUGGAUUGUCAGGUAGUUUAUCCGACAAGGUAGAGAGCGUUCAGGUGAAAACAGCAGGGCCAGGCGUGGAGCAGGCGUCACCAUCGGCAGCAGCAGCAGAUGGCCGGCAGACAGGUGCUUUUGAUGCGGGCGGCAAUAAAAUCCAAGAAUCUCGGGAAGAGCGACCUACGGCAGGCGACAGGAGUCAGAGAGAAGAUAGCAGUGUUGUAGUCAACAGGAAAACAAUAGAGAAUGGUGGAAAGCCCAUUAAGGAGGAUGUUGUUUCCUUACAACCAGACACUACAGCUGAGGUGGAUGGGACUGACAAUGAGCCAGAGGCGAAGCGCGGGAGCAGCACCACCAUCACCAGCAGCACCAGCAGCAGCACCAUCACCAGCAGCACCAGCAGUGGGGUAGGAGGGGAUGCAAGUAGCACAGCAGCAGGCAAUAAAGAGACGGGUACUGGCACAAUGGCCGCCAGUGGGACAGCCACUGAUGCGACAGCAAGCACUGCAGUAGGCAAUAACGGAGCCCUCAUUAGUGGAGCUCAGGUGGUCACCAGUACCACCCCCUUCAGCAUCAGCAGCAGCGGCAGCAGCUUUGCCGGUGCUGCCAGCAACCUGUAUGGGCUCAAGUCGCUGAUGCACAUGGUGAGGCAGUGGGAGGACAAGCAGGCGGUGCUGGAGCAGUAUAUUGAAGACAUGGCUGCAUCGUACGCAGCUAACCUUGCUUCUACGGAUGCUGAGCUGCUCUCGUUGAGGACUCGCCUGCGGAAUGCUACUGGUACCAUCGCAGGGCUGCAGGUGCAGCUGCAGAAUGCGGAGCGGCGGCAUGGGAAGGAUUUGGAGGACCGCGACUUCGAGAAGCAUUAUAAGACCGGGAAGGAGCUGGGACACGGGCAAUUCGGGACAACUUAUGAGUCGAUACAACUAGCGACGGAUAAUCGCGUGGCCGUCAAGGCAAUUCAAAAGAAAUCGAUGAAGCAGCCAAUAGCGGUGGAGGAUGUGGAGCGGGAGGUGAAGAUCCUGCAGCUGUUGUCGGGCCAUCCCAACGUGGUUCAGUUUAUCGACGUCUUUGAAGACACGGAACUCGUGUACAUUGCCAUGGAGUUAUGUGAAGGAGGAGAGCUGCUUGACAGGAUUCUGGGCAAGAAGGACAACCGGUACUCGGAGAAGGACGCUGCGAGUGUGGUGAGGCAGAUGCUCAACGUGGUGGCGCGCUGUCACCUGAACGGCGUCGUGCACCGCGACCUCAAGCCCGAGAACUUUCUGUUCGCCAACAAGACGGAGGAAUCACCUCUCAAGGCCACCGACUUUGGCCUCUCGGACUUCAGAAAGCCAGGCAAGCACUUCACGGACGUGGUGGGCAGCGCCUAUUACGUGGCUCCCGAGGUCCUCAAGAGGCGGUCGGGGCCGGAGAGUGACGUGUGGAGCAUCGGGGUCAUCACGUAUAUCUUGCUGUCUGGCAGACGACCGUUCUGGGAUAAAACAGAGGCCGGCAUUUUCAAUGAGGUGCUGAAGAAGAAACCCGACUUCAGGGAGAAGCCAUGGCCGCAGAUCUCCACCAGCGCCAAGGACUUUGUCAAGAAGCUGCUCAAGAAGGACCCCCGUGCUCGCCCCACCGCUGCACAAGCCCUGUCUCACCCAUGGGUGAAGGAGGGAGGCAAUGCGUCGUCCAUCCCGCUGGACAUAGCAGUGCUGUCCAACAUGCGGGAGUUUGUCAAGUACUCACGCCUCAAGCAGAUGGCGCUCAAGGCGCUAGCGACCACUUUGGAGAGCACGGAGGUGCAGCAGCUGAGGGACCAGUUCAACGCAAUGGACAUCAAUGGGGACGGCACCAUCACCAUCGAUGAGAUCCGACAUGCGCUCAACAAGGACCUCCCGUAUGAAGUGAAGGAGACCAAAGUGGUGCAAAUCUUGCAAGCUAUGGACACCAACUGUGAUGGCAUCAUUGAUUUCGAUGAGUUUGUGGCGGCCACGCUGCACGUGCAGCAGCUGGAGGAGGCUGAUUCAGCCAAGUGGGAGGAGCGUUCCAAGGCAGCAUUCAACCACUUCGACACGGAUGGAGAUGGCUUCAUCGACGCGGAGGAGCUGAGAGUGGCGGCGCAAGUGAAGGGGUCGCUGGGCCGAUUGAUAGACGAGGGGGAUGUGGACGGGGAUGGGCGAAUCAGCUUGCCCGAGUUUCAGAAGCUUCUGCGCUGCGCCAGCAUUAACUCUCGCACUAACACCACCUCGCGAUCUCGCGGCCGCUCGGGCUUUGGAGCAAUCGCUGAGUAG